AUGUCCAUGCAGUUCACACCUUAUGCUUUCUCACCCUCUGAAUCUGAACUCAAACAGCCAGCCGCAUCUUUGUUCGUGAGCCAUUAUUCCCUCUUCUUGAGUAUCUUCAUCAACAUCUUCAUAACCAAGAAGUCUGGCUCUCACUCGUCUGCUCUCGCUUUUUCUGUGAUCAACUUCGCCAAUCUAUUAAGCAACAUAUGCAGAUCACCAACUUCAAAGGCAUGUGGCUCAGAUCGUCUGCUCUCGUCCUUUGAGAUGACCUGUGAUCAACUGGCUCUCGCCUUAUUUGUAAACUAUCUUGCCAUAUCAUUGUACCCUCCUCUCCAAAUAGUAUCUCACUCUUAUCACCAAGUUCAUGGGUAUGUGUUCUGGGCCGCGUCUGCUCUCGCCUUUUUAGAUUUCCACCCGCUGGCUCUCGCUUCUUUGGUGAAAUUCUGCGUGCCCUGGCUCUCGCCUUGUUUAUGA